GAGAGAGAAGAGGAGGAGGAGGGAAGAGGGAGGAAGGGAGGAGGAUGGAGGAGCUGAGCGCUGUGGGUGAGCAAGUUUUCGCCGCGGAAUGUAUCCUCAGGAAAAGACUGAGGAAGGGGAAGCUGGAGUACUUGGUGAAGUGGCGAGGGUGGUCUUCCAAGCAUAAUAGUUGGGAGCCAGAGGAAAAUAUUCUUGAUCCACGACUCCUGCUCGCUUUUCAAAGGAGCCAACAGGAGAAAGAACUGCAGAAUCGCAAGCGAGGCAAGAGACCUAGGGGCAGACCAAGGAAGCAUGUGGAACAAGAAGCCCCUCUUUCAUCAAAAUCCAGCAGUUCUUCUGAGGAAGAGGAUGACGAGGAUGACGAUGAUGAUGAUGAUGAUGAAAGUGAUGAUCAGACCCAGUCUGUGUCCAGGAGCAACGACCGCCGGGAAGAGCCAGACCGUAUCGCGCAGAAACGGACUCAGACCGAAGUCUCCCAAACGAAAGCGGACGCAAAGGACACCGGCAAAAAGAAGCGGGCCAGCAAAAUUAUUCGCACCGACCAUCGGAAGAACACAAAGACCAAACCAGGAAAAGCUUUAAAAACGUCCGGAAAUGGCACAAGCGGCGACUCUGGAACUGAUGAAUCGUCAAAAGAAAAGGUGAGAAAACCAGAGGGAUCUGGGAGUGCGAAUAAGGUGGGAUCAGAAAAGAGCAGUUUGGAAUCUCCAAGUAUAACUACUGGAGUGUUAAAAUCAAGCCUCUUCAGUUCACCCAAACUCGGUAAACCCAUAAAUAAUUCAGCCAGGUCAGCCUUGCAGACCACAAAUCGUACAGGAAUAGGUCAGCACUCUUCCAAAGUUCGUGCUGCCAGUCCAUUGGUACCGAAUAAACCUGUCUCAGCAAUGCAAUCUGCAGGCGCUCGAGUGCUGACCUCACAAGGAGCGAAUGAGAAAACUAACCAUGCGUUAAAUAAGAACACUGGAAAUACUAAGAGCUCUGUUGAGUCUGAAUCCAAUUUACACAACUCCAAGAGCUUGAGUAGUGCGGCACCGAUGAAGACCAAUUCUAACCUUUGUACUUCAGCUAAACCAGGAUCCAAUUCCCCGAUUCUGAACAGUCCGAGUGCAAGCAGCCUCGGUCGGAAUUUGCAAGCUUCAAACGCUGCUCAUUCAGGAUUAAAUUUACAUGCCUUAAAGCUUCAGAGUACCAACAAGGCAGGACUGAAUUCAAAGGGUCUAAGUGGCCCAGGAGUAAAUUUACCUGAUUUGGGUUCAAAGAGCAACAGCAACAAUUCGCCAAUUGUGAAUUCAAGGAGCAUUGGGACUCCAGGACUGAAUUCAACUGAAUUGAAUUCCCGUACCGUUGCUAAUGCCGUGUUAAAUUCACAAACUCUCAGUAGCCAUGCACUAUGCGAGAGCAGUGGGAAACAUGGUGUUGAGAAGGAGAAUCGGAUGAAAGUAGAUAGGGAGACUAUAAACACUGCAGUCCAUCACGCUGACAACCAAAUCAGGGACAGCGACAAAAAGGAGGUCUCGUCUGAAACGCCCAAACAGAGCAGCAACGUGCCAACAGAACUGAGCACAGGCGAGGAGACCAUGAGUUCAGAUUCUGAUCAUGACUCUUCAUUUUCAAGCACGGUUGCAAACCCGUCCAUUUCAGUCCAGACAAACCAAGACUGGAAGCCCACCCGCAGCUUGAUCGAACAUGUAUUUGUCACUGAUGUGACAGCUAACCUGGUCACAGUGACUGUGAAGGAGAGUCCGACCAGCGUGGGCUUUUUCAACAUGCGACAUUAUUAGAACACUAGCUGAAGACAAGUAAACUAGUCAUCCUGAACUUUAAAUCUUCCACUAGAGAACAGUUUGGUCUUGGGCUUUUAGUUGACGUUUUGUCUUCUAUAUCACCACUAAGUGACUCUGUAGAAUGGUGCACAACUUGUAGGUUUUUACCCCUCUCCACCCCUACCAAAAAUACAAUAGUGCUUUGCUGAAGAGAAAAUAAGUCCUUUGUGCGCCAGAUCGUUUUUGUAAAAUGUAUCGACUGUUGAAUCUACAAAAGCAGAGGCUUGUAAAUAUCAAAACCUUGAAUGUCUUCUGUAAAUUCAAUAGAGAGCACGAGAGCUUUUAAAAUAGUAUCUAUAUGUGAGGCUCCGUUUUUUAAAAAAGAAAAUUCAAGGUUGAAACACAGUGACAAACAUUCUGAGAAUUUAUUUGGGGUUUUUGGAAGGGAAGUGAGCCGCAAAGGAGGGCUAGAGUUUAGUGACGCUAUCUAGGCUUAUACCAUAGUCAGUGCAUGAAGCUUUAUAACUUUGGAAAACCAAUAAAAACUGAAGCAAGUAGUAGUGUAGCCUGUUGCUGGAACAAAUUAUAAUUACUUUUAUUGUUCAAGUCAGGAUAUGUAAAGAACGCACUGCCCAAUGGCAAAUGGCAUAUCGGCACAACAUGGAGCUGUAUCGAUUGAGUUGUGAAAAAUCAGGGCAGCCUGGAGCCUCAAGCAAUUGAGUACAUGACUUCCAGACAGAAAGGCAGGAUUCUCAGGCUUCCCAUCACUCAUCACACGUAUGGUUCACUUGAGCGAAUUAGGUCAAUUCUCUGCAGGGACAUGAGAUGGGAAACACACAAAUUAAUGCUCUCUGAUAAUCAGUUGGGAAAUGUUUUUGCUGGUCCUUAAACAGUAAAAGCUUCUUAAUGGAACACCCAUUUAAUGGAUAUUUUAUUUUCAAUAUUCAACAGUGCUAUCAUAUAAACAGUGUAGAAUGUAUUUUAAAAAAAACAAGCAGUGCCUCAGCAAAUGGUGCCUAUGAAUGAAUGUUGCUGUUUAGAGGGUGUCUAUUACCAGCAUUACUGUAGUGACAAGCUAUAUAUUUAGCCUGAUUUCUUUGCAAAGCACAGUUCUUUAGGAACUAGGAGUGAGAAAACUCCAAAUUGUCAGUAAAGGCGACAGUGAGUGCUUAUAAUGGAAAUUUCCUGAAAUAUUUGGAAACUUAGCACUUGAGUUGGUGAUUUACUCAAUGAGCAUUACCUGCACCUGACAGCAUUUAGGUAAUAAUAAUACUUCCAUUCGAUCUAGCGCUUUAUCGAAUCAUCAAGACUUCUUGAAGCGCUUCACAGGAUAUACUGUAAAGUGGAUUUGACUGU